UAAUGGGUGGCUUCGAGAUUUCUUGUGGGCACAGGCAUCGCAAGUCAUUCAGUCUUAUGGUUCUUCAUUAUCUGCAUAUGGUCUUUUUUUCUUAGGUGCUCAUUUUGUCUGGGCCUUCAGUUUAAUGUUUUUAUUCAGCGGCCGUGGUUAUUGGCAAGAACUCAUUGAAUCUAUCGUUUGGGCUCAUAACAAAUUAAAAGUUGCUCCUGCUACUCAGCCUAGAGCCUUGAGCAUUAUACAAGGACGUGCUGUAGGAGUAACCCAUUACCUUCUGGGUGGAAUUGCCACGACAUGGGCAUUCUUCUUAGCGAGAAUUAUUGCAGUAGGAUAGUGGCUAGGAGGAUUUGAAAGGCAUUAUGGAAUUAAGAUUUCCCAGGUUUAGCCAAGGCUUAGCUCAGGACCCCACUACUCGUCGUAUUUGGUUUGGUAUUGCUACCGCACAUGAUUUCGAAAGUCAUGAUGAUAUUACUGAAGAACGUCUUUAUCAGAACAUUUUUGCUUCUCACUUUGGGCAAUUAGCAAUAAUCUUUCUAUGGACGUCCGGAAAUCUGUUUCAUGUAGCUUGGCAAGGAAAUUUUGAAUCAUGGAUACAGGAUCCUUUACACGUAAGACCUAUUGCUCAUGCGAUUUGGGAUCCUCAUUUUGGUCAACCCGCUGUGGAAGCCUUUACUCGAGGAGGUGCUGCUGGUCCAGUGAAUAUUGCUUAUUCUGGGGUUUAUCAGUGGUGGUAUACAAUAGGAUUACGCACCAAUGAAGAUCUUUAUACUGGAGCUCUUUUUCUAUUAUUUCUUUCUACGCUGUCCUUAAUAGCGAGUUGGUUACAUCUACAACCCAAAUGGAAACCAAGCCUUUCGUGGUUCAAAAACGCGGAAUCUCGUCUCAAUCAUCAUUUGUCAGGACUUUUCGGGGUAAGUUCUUUGGCUUGGACAGGACAUUUAGUUCAUGUUGCUAUUCCCGCAUCCAGGGGGGAGUACGUUCGAUGGAAUAAUUUCUUAGAUGUAUUACCCUAUCCCCAGGGGUUGGGACCCCUUUUGACGGGUCAGUGGAAUCUUUAUGCCCAAAACCCUGAUUCGAGUAAUCAUUUAUUUGGUACCGCUCAAGGAGCGGGAACUGCCAUUCUAACUCUUCUUGGGGGAUUCCAUCCACAAACACAAAGUUUGUGGCUGACUGAUAUGGCUCACCAUCAUUUAGCUAUUGCAUUUAUUUUUCUCAUUGCCGGUCACAUGUAUCGAACUAACUUCGGAAUUGGGCACAGUAUUAAAGAUCUUUUAGAAGCGCAUACUCCUCCGGGGGGUCGAUUAGGGCGUGGGCAUAAGGGCCUUUAUGACACAAUCAACAAUUCGAUUCAUUUUCAGUUAGGUCUUGCUCUAGCUUCUUUAGGGGUUAUUACUUCCUUAGUAGCUCAACAUAUGUACUCUUUACCUCCUUAUGCAUUCAUAGCACAAGACUUUACUACUCAAGCUGCUUUAUAUACUCAUCACCAAUAUAUUGCGGGGUUCAUCAUGACAGGGGCUUUUGCUCAUGGAGCUAUUUUUUUCAUUAGGGAUUACAAUCCGGAACAGAAUGAGGAUAAUGUAUUGGCAAGAAUGUUAGACCAUAAAGAAGCUAUCAUAUCUCAUUUAAGUUGGGCUAGCCUCUUUCUAGGAUUCCAUACCUUGGGCCUUUAUGUUCAUAACGACGUCAUGCUUGCUUUUGGUACUCCAGAAAAGCAAAUCUUGAUCGAACCUAUAUUUGCCCAAUGGAUACAAUCUGCUCAUGGCAAGACGACAUAUGGGUUCGAUAUACUCUUAUCUUCAACGAAUGGCCCCGCUUUCAAUGCGGGUCGAAGCCUAUGGUUGCCCGGAUGGUUGAAUGCUGUUAAUGAGAAUAGUAAUUCGCUUUUCUUAACAAUAGGACCUGGGGAUUUCUUGGUUCAUCAUGCUAUUGCUCUAGGUUUGCAUACAACUACAUUGAUUUUAGUAAAGGGCGCUUUAGACGCACGCGGUUCCAAAUUAAUGCCGGAUAAAAAGGAUUUUGGGUAUAGUUUUCCUUGUGACGGCCCAGGGCGCGGCGGUACUUGUGAUAUUUCUGCUUGGGACGCAUUUUAUUUGGCAGUUUUCUGGAUGUUAAAUACCAUUGGGUGGGUUACUUUUUAUUGGCAUUGGAAACAUAUCACAUUAUGGCAGGGCAACGUUUCACAAUUUAAUGAAUCCUCCACUUAUUUGAUGGGAUGGUUAAGAGAUUACCUAUGGUUAAACUCUUCACAACUUAUCAAUGGAUAUAAUCCUUUUGGGAUGAAUAGUUUAUCGGUAUGGGCUUGGAUGUUCUUAUUUGGACAUCUUGUUUGGGCUACUGGAUUUAUGUUCUUAAUUUCUUGGCGGGGGUAUUGGCAGGAAUUAAUUGAGACUUUAGCAUGGGCUCAUGAACGCACACCUUUAGCUAAUUUAAUUCGCUGGAGAGAUAAGCCUGUGGCUCUUUCCAUUGUGCAAGCAAGAUUGGUUGGAUUAGCUCACUUUUCCGUGGGUUAUAUAUUCACUUAUGCAGCUUUCUUGAUUGCCUCAACAUCAGGCAAGUUUGGUUAAUUUAGUUUGUUUUUUUGUACUGUAUCAGCACCUAGUUCAUUACUCUUGAUAGAGAGGGAGGAUCCGCCUUCUUAAAUUUCUUUUUCUAUUUAUUUUUCCAUCUAGGAUUAGAACCGUAUACUUGAUAAUAAUAGCAACGGCACAUUAUGGCAAAAAAGAGUUUGAUUCAGAGGGAGAAGAAGCGGCAGAAAUUAGAACAGAAAUAUCAUUUGAUUCGUCAAUCUUUAAAAAAAAAGAUAAGAAGCAAAGUUUCUCCCUUGAGUUUGAGUGAAAAAACGAAAAUGCGAGAAAAAUUGCAAUCCCUACCGCGUAAUAGUGCACCUACACGCCUUCAUCGACGUUGUUUUUUGACCGGAAGACCUAGAGCUAACUAUCGACAUUUUGGGCUAUCCGGACACGUACUUCGAGAAAUGGUUUAUGAAUGUUUAUUACCGGGUGCAACAAGAUCCAGUUGGUAAGGAUAAAAUACCCUUUCGUAUUUGUAUGGAUUUCUGGAAUUGAUAAUCAUAGAGGAGCCCUCUUUACCAUUCUGUAUAAAUGGACUAUUCUAUUUGUAUAGAUAUGGUAGAGGGACGUAUCGAACCCUCUUUUAUCCACUAGUUACCCCUCUUUAGUUUAAGAGUAUAGAGCAGUUUGGUAGCUCAUAAGUCUCAUAACCUUGGGGUUGCGGGUUCGAUUCCCACUACCGGCCCCAUACUCCUUCUUUAAUGAUAUAUGCAUGAUAUAUACAUCAUCCAUUUGUAUCUGGAUUUUUUGAUUUCCUAAAAGAGUUUUGGUCUAACAGUUUUUUCUCGGAAGAAGACAACAAAUAAAAGAAAGAAUAAAAGAAAGAAUAAAAUACGAAA